AUGAAGGGGGGGAGAAUGCGGGGGUUCAUGUGCCAGCCGAACGCGUCGACGGCGGUGUGCAUCCCUGGGGACGCUCACUCGGUGGUCGUACCGAGGAGGCCAGACAGGACCCUCGUUGACCACGCCAGAAUCGUCGAUCUCAGGUACUCCCGGCUGGUGGACCACCCGAGGCUCGCCGGCCCAGCAGCGGCGGCGGCGGUGGCGCUAGCCAAGGGGGAGAAGCUUCACCAGCUGGCGGCGCCGACCGCGGCAAAGUCAGUGCCACCGCCGAAGGCGGAAAAGCUACUUAAAAUGAUAGUGCCCAUGUCGGACGCCGGCGAGAGAAGGCUGGAAAUGGUGGCCUUGCCGACGACGGCGGUGGUGGUGGCGCCGCCCAAGAGGGAGAGGAAGACGGCGGUGCCUUCACUUCCUUCUAGCAAUGACCAGGUCUUCCAGGUGAGUCAUUCCCCUCUUUCUCGUUCACUUCACCGCUAUGAUCCGCAUUAACGGAAGCUUCUCAAUCUAGAUGGCGUAAGCCCAACCUAGUGAUCUUUCUUCCUCGGAGACAACCCAAGCUUUGCUUUGAUCCAAAACCAUAGAAAAAUGAAGCCAGAUUUUCUACUGUAAACAAUUUCUUUUAUGCCUCCGAACUUGCCAAAUCCUCUGGCAAAUCUUUCUUCCACCUUCGAUAUCAUUUUCUCUGAGAAGCUCCUCAGAAGGUGGAACUACCAACCGGGAUCUAUGCCCUCCUCCUAUCAAACUUGCUCUGAUCCAAAAACAAAGGUCAAAGAAAGAAAAAAACAGUUUGCUUCUGAAAGCAGCUUCUUUUAUCUACCUCCAUCCAUACCCGAUCCCCAGCAACAGCACACUCUCUUGCCCCCGCCAGGGGGGUUUUCUCUCAGAAACUUCUCAGUAGGUGUUGAUCUCCACCCCGGAUCCGCAUUCUCCUGCCAUCAAACCUCACGUGGAUCCAGGAAAACAUGAAAAACGGUCUUCUGCUGUGAACAUCUUCUCUUAAUCCCACGCAUUCUCUCUGCUGUAUUCUCUUCCCACGGCCAGCUUGAUUCUACCUUGAAAGCUUAUGAACAGGUUAAGUGUUCAGUCCAUCGUAGACCCACGUACUACUAUAUCCUCUUUUUCCCUGUUCGUCUUCUUUACUAGCCGUUGCUCCCGGAGAUUUAUAUAUCCUUUCCGUCGCCAUGGCUUGUCCAAUUCGGUCAGAUUUUGGGAUGUGGGUCAGUAGAUUUCAGCUCCCAAGCUCUCACUGUUUACUCUGCGCACUGACCUGUUGUUUACCUCCGCAGACCACGUGAACCCUCUCAGACCCCCCCCCCCCUGUGACAAGAACAGUCACCCCGAUUUACGUGAUGCAUCUCAUUCCACUGCUAGAAUACAAGGAACAGUAGCCUCCCUCUUGUUCUUGAUAUUUCCACGCUGAUCUCCCAUCGCAUUCCCUCUUUCUCUCUCUCUCUCUCUCUCUCUCUCUCUCUCUCUCUCUCUCUCUCUCUCUCUCUCUCGCUAUCUUUCUUCUGGUCCAGGUGGUGGUGAUGAGAGUCUCCCUCCAUUGCCAAGGCUGCGCCGGGAAAGUGAAGAAGCACAUCUCCAAGAUGGAAGGUAUCGCCUAAGCUUGCCGAUUUAAGGCCUGGUCAUGGUGGCUACCGAGAGGAUUAUGUAACCCUAAUCGUUCUAAGUUUGCUUCCAGGUGUGACGUCGUUCAGCGUUGACCUGGAGUCGAAGAGGGUGACGGUGAUGGGCCACGUGUCCCCUGAGAGCGUCCUGGAGAGCAUCUCCAAGGUAAAGAAGGCCGAGUUCUGGCCCAGCAACCCCCCGGAGAGGCCGUGA